AUGCUCCUGUCAAUUCUUUUUGUUGUCAUCGAGUUAGCGUCGUGUGAAAGCUGUACAAAAGAGGUAAAUCUGUUGGCGUUUCUUGUCACAAGUCUUGAAUUAAACGGAGAAUAUGCAAAUAUUUUUGAUUUACUGCUUGAGAACUUUUCUCUUCAGUUGAUGCAUGAACCAAUCGUAUUCUCCGUGGCCGGUGUUUUUCGGCUGAAUUUCACCCUUUUGCGUGCAAUGGUUGCUGGCAUUACCACAUACAUGGUUAUUUUCAUUCAAUUCAUGCCCAAGCUGUCUUACAAAUUUUAUUAA